AUGGUGUCUUCUAAGAGUAGGGGCGUGGAGGUCCGGCAUCUGCUUCCGCUGCUUCUGCUCUUAGCUGUAGGCGAGGCCGGGAGAGGCCAGGUCCGCUACUCAGUCGCUGAGGAGGCCAAACACGGCACCUUCGUGGGCCGCAUCGCCCAGGACCUGGGACUGGAGCUGGCGGAUCUGGUGCCGCGCCUGUUCCGGGUGGCAUCCAAAGGCCGCAGGGACCUUCUGGAGGUAAAUCUGCAGAAUGGCAUUUUGUUUGUGAAUUCUCGGAUCGACCGGGAGGAGCUGUGCGAGAGGAGGGCAGAGUGCAGUAUCCACCUGGAGGUGAUCGUGGAUCGGCCGCUGCAGGUGUUCCAUGUGGAGGUGGAGGUGAAGGACAUUAACGACAACCCGCCAGUAUUUCCAGUGGCGGUAAAGACUAUCCGGUUUCACGAAUCGAGACUGCUUGACUCACGGUUUCCUCUAGAGGGGGCAUUUGAUGCAGAUACCGGAGUAAACGCUCUUCUCACCUACAAGCUCAGCUCCAGUGAGUAUUUCUUUCUAGAUAUACAGACAAAUGAUGAACUAAGUCAGUCUUUGUCUCUUGUGCUGAGGAAAUCUCUGGACAGAGAGGAAACUGCUGAAAUUAAUUUGUUACUAGUGGCUACUGAUGGGGGCAAACCUGAGCUCACGGGCACUGUUCAGUUGCUUAUUAAGGUAUUAGAUGUGAAUGACAACGAACCUACUUUUGACCAAUCAGUUUACAAAAUACAGUUGUUAGAGAACGUGGCAAAUGGAACCUUGGUGAUUAAAUUAAAUUCUUCUGACGCAGAUGAAGGAUCAAAUAGUGAGAUUGUGUAUUCAUUUAGUAGUGAUGUGUCCCAGAAUAUAAAGACCAAGUUCAACAUAGAUCCUAGCUCAGGGGAAAUCAGAACUAAGGGACAAUUAGAUUAUGAAGAAGUGAAAUUAUAUGAUAUUCAAGUUAUUGCAUAUGACAACGGGACUCCGUCAAUGUCUGGGCACUGUAAAAUUUCAGUAAAACUUGUGGACAUUAAUGAUAACUCACCAGAAGUCUCAAUCACGUCUCUUUCACUUCCCAUUCGAGAAGAUGCUCCACUGGGCAGUGUCAUUGCUCUCAUCACGGUGGCCGACCGUGACUCUGGUGCCAAUGGACAGGUGACCUGCACCCUGAUUCCCCAAGACCUCUUCAAACUGGUGUCCACUUUCAAGAAUUACUAUUCACUCGUGUUGGACAGCGUCUUGGAUCGCGAGAGCGUGGCGAACUAUGAGGUGGUGGUGACCGCGAGGGACGGGGGCUCGCCUUCGUUGUCGGCCACGGCCAGCGUGUCCGUGGAGGUGGCCGACGUGAACGACAACGCGCCCGCGUUCGCGCAGCCAGAGUAUACGGUGUUCGUGAAAGAGAACAACCCGCCUGGCCGCCACAUCUUCACCGUGUCGGCGCGAGACGCGGACGCGCAGGAGAACGCGCUGGUGUCCUACUCGCUGGUGGAGCGGCGGGUGGGUGAGCGCGCGCUGUCGAGCUACGUGUCGGUGCACGCGGAGAGCGGCAAGGUGUACGCGCUGCAGCCGCUGGACCACGAGGAGCUGGAGCUGCUGCAGUUCCAGGUGAGCGCGCGCGACGCGGGCGUGCCGCCCCUAGGCAGCAACGUGACCCUGCAGGUGUUCGUGCUGGAUGAGAACGACAACGCGCCUGCGCUACUGCCGCCCGGGCCAGGUGGAGGACCCAGCGCGCUGAGCCAGGUGGUGGCGCGUUCGGUGGGCGCGGGCCACGUGGUGGCGAAGGUGCGCGCGGUGGACGCCGACUCGGGCUACAACGCGUGGCUGUCGUACGAGCUGCAGCCGGCGGCGGGUGGCGCGAGCAGCCCGUUCCGCGUGGGGCUGUACACCGGCGAGAUCAGCACGACGCGCGCCCUGGACGAGGCGGACGCGCCGCGCCAGCGCCUGCUGGUGCUGGUGAAGGACCACGGCGAGCCGGCGCUGACGGCCACGGCCACCGUGUUGCUGUCGCUGGAGGACAGCGGCCAGGCGCCCAAGGCCUCUUCACGGGCAUUGUCUGGCGCCUCUGAAGCGGAGGCCGUUCUAGUGGAUGUGAACGUGUAUCUGAUCAUCGCCAUCUGCGCGGUGUCCAGCCUGUUGGUGCUCACGCUGAUGCUGUACACGGCGCUGCGGUGUUCGGCGCCGCCCAGCGAGGGCGCGUGCGGGCCGGUGAAGCCCAGGCUGGUGUGCUCCAGCGCGGUGGGGAGCUGGUCUUAUUCGCGGGAGAGGCGGCAGAGGGUGUGCUCUGGAGAGGGGCCGCCCAAAACCGAUCUCAUGGCCUUCAGUCCUAGCCUGCCUCAAGGUCCAGGCUCAGCGGACGAAAGACAACAACUCUCCGAAUCAGAACAAUUCGGAAAGGUGAGUCUUAAUUUUUCCCCCAUCAUCUCUAAAAUUGUUUUAUUUCCUUCGUUCUCCAUAAUUCUAUUAUUCUGA